CCUGAAGCCGGCCGGGGCGGGGAGGGCGAGCGGCGGGGUGCCGGCGACCAGCCCGAGACGCGCUCGGUGUGUAGCAGCCGCAGCAGCAGCAGCGGCGGUGGCGACCAGCGCGCCGGGCACCAGCACCAGCACCACCAGCCCAUCUGCAAGAUCUGCUUCCAGGGCGCCGAGCAGGGGGAGCUGUUGAAUCCCUGCCGAUGUGACGGAUCCGUCCGGUACACACAUCAGCUAUGUCUGCUGAAGUGGAUCAGCGAGAGGGGCUCCUGGACGUGUGAGCUCUGCUGUUACAGAUACCAUGUCAUAGCCAUUAAAAUGAAACAGCCUUGCCAGUGGCAAAGCAUUUCUAUAACACUGGUUGAGAAAGUUCAGAUGAUUGCUGUAAUCCUAGGAUCCCUGUUCUUAAUAGCGAGUGUGACCUGGCUCCUCUGGUCAGCCUUCAGCCCCUAUGCAGUGUGGCAGAGGAAGGACAUCCUUUUUCAAAUCUGCUAUGGAAUGUAUGGUUUUAUGGAUCUAGUGUGCAUAGGUCUCAUUGUCCAUGAAGGAGCUGCAGUUUACAGAGUGUUUAAACGCUGGCGGGCUGUUAACUUACACUGGGAUGUAUUAAAUUAUGAUAAAGCCACAGACAUCGAAGAAAGUAGCCGGGGAGAGUCUUCCACAAGCAGGACUUUAUGGCUGCCGCUGACGGCCCUGCGGAACAGGAAUUUGGUCCACCCAACGCAGUUAACUUCCCCCAGGUUUCAGUGUGGCUAUGUGUUAUUACACCUGUUCAACCGGAUGAGGCCCCAUGAAGAUCUGUCCGAAGAUAACAGCUCAGGGGAGGUGGUGAUGAGAGUGACUUCUGUGUGACAGAAGCGUGGUGGGGACUACCCUGCACAUCUUGGAAUGUAAUUGCAAUGAAUGGUGAAACCAUAGCACUUCUAAAAACACACAUCUAUGAACUUUUUAAAAUUUAUGCUUUUUAUAUGAACAUUUGAAUUGCAAAUACAUUUUUCUGAAAA